AUGUCCUAUUCGCAGAAUAGCACAGGGUCGGCCAACGGUUUAGUCUACAACAUUCUCAACAAUUCGCAAUCCCUGUCCUCCACCCCUCGCGCGACUCCUCCGCCGCCCAAAGGGUCGCAAAUGUCCUCGUUUGGUGUCUCCAACGGCGCCUCUCGUGGCAGCUUCAAUGGCAACUAUGAUGGUGGGAAUGAUUAUGGGUCUAUGAUGUCCUACCAGGAGGACUACAAGCCGCAGAUCUAUCGUGCGGUUUACUCCAAUGUCUCUGUUUACGAGAUGGAGGUCAAUGGGGUCGCAAUCAUGAAACGUCGCUCUGAUUCCUGGUUAAAUGCAACUCAAAUUCUGAAAGUGGCUGGUGUCGUCAAGGCUCGACGCACCAAGACAUUGGAGAAGGAAAUUGCCGCCGGUGAGCACGAAAAGGUUCAAGGUGGCUAUGGAAAGUACCAAGGUACCUGGGUCAAUUACCAGCGUGGUGUUGAGCUCUGUCGCGAGUACCAUGUCGAGGAAAUGCUACGACCAUUGCUGGAGUACGAUAUGAGCCCCGACGGCUCCGGUGGUUCCCAAAACACCCUUGAUACCCCUACGAAGGAGCAGGCCAUGGCAGCGCAGCGCAAGCGUCUUUACAGCGGUGCAGAGAACCGCAGCAUGUCCCAGCCACAACAGGGAACGUUCUUCCAGAAUAUCUCCCGGACUGCAGCAACAGCCGUCAAUGCGAUCAGCAAAGCCCGUUUUGACUCUCCGAGUGGAAACAGCCGACGACCAAGUGUGAUUCGCAAGCCAUCGCAGCAGAUGAGCAGCCAAGAGUCUCAGAUGGCAUUGAGCAGCCAGCAGAGUAUGUACAACGUCUCCGACAGCGGGUUCGGUAGCCUUCAGAAUCGCUUUCAAGCACACGACGACCACGAGGAUUUCGCGGAACCUCCACGCAAGCGUGUUCGCUCUUCAUCACACCAUGCUCCACCGAUCGGCUUGCACAGAGAACCAUCCAAUCUCUCCAUGCACGAACCCACUCCUACCGAGCCCAAUGACUCUUUCUAUCAAGAUCUUGAUCUUCCGCCGCCGCCUAUGGAUGAUGCUCACAAGCGUGGUGUUGAGGCCGUGCCUCCUGCUUCGGACCCAGAAGGCUUCCAGAAGCAGAAGCUGAUCAUGACACUGUUUCUUGACAAGCGCAUCAAGGAUUUCACCAAUCAUCCCGCUCUUAUGCAGUUGACUGGUGAAGACCUCGAGCUCCCUCUCGAUGAGUACCGGAACAAUGCCCUUCAUUGGGCCGCAAUGCUUGCUCGUAUGCCGCUGGUCCAUGCGCUAGUAGCGAAGGGAGCAAGCAUCACCCGAGUCAAUGCUGCUGGCGAGACUGCGCUGCAAAAGUCAGUGGGGACGCGCAACAAUCUUGACUACCGAAGCUUCCCUCGUUUGCUUCAGGUGCUUGCACCGACCAUCGACAUGGUUGACUACAGUGGACGAACCAUUCUGCAUCACAUUGCUGUUAUGGCAGCCACUGGUGGUGGCGGACAUGUCUCCGCGAAACACUAUCUUGAAUCUCUGUUGGAAUUCAUCGUCCGACAUGGCGGUAUCACCUCCAGUGCCAAUGGCGAUCACAUGCAGAAUGGUUCACAAGACAGCGGCGUCAUCUCUCUUGGCCGGUUCAUCUCUGAGAUCGUCAACCUGCGCGACGAACAAGGUGAUACUGCUUUGAAUCUGGCUGGGCGUGCGAGGUCGGUGCUUGUCCCUCAGCUUCUGGAAGUCGGUGCCGAUCCUCACAUCCCCAACCACACGGGUCUUCGACCUGCUGAUUACGGUGUUGGUGUCGAUAUGGUGGAUGGAAAUUCUCAGGUACAGCAAGCCGGCGGCCGAAGUGAUACCUUCAUUGACCAGCUAGCAAAGUCCAAGAAGGAAAUCCUUGAUGCGGCGAUGUCUCAAAUCAGCACCAUGGUUGAAGAGGCUCUCGGCGGCAUUGACCGAGACCUGGCGUCCAGCUUGACCCAGAAGCAGGAAAAGUUCGACCAUUGGCACUCUAAAAUCCGCGAGGCUGCUAAGGCCCGCCAGAUUGAACAAAAGCAGCUGGAUAAUUUGAAGCUCAAGUCUUCGGAGCGAGUGGAAAUUGACCGGCGCAUCAAAAACCUGGAACGGUCUUCCGAAAGCCUGUUAGGCACAUUGAAGGGUACACCAGGGUUUGACAUCUCCCGGGUUGCCGUUGUCGGUGACGCAGACAAAGGCUCCGGUGUUGAUUUUGUCGCUUUUGAAGCCUUAUUCGGAGAUACCUUCGACCCGUCCACCGGAUUCUCUGGCCCACAGGUUGCUUUUCUGGCCUCUCUCUCGGCACCAGAUAUACUCGACCAUCGCCUCCGAUGCUAUCAAGAGCUGAACAGCGGCAUCACCGCCGAGGUUGACACCCUGAAGGCCAAAAAUGCCAUCUUAGGGCAGAACUACCGACGCAUGGUGAUGGCAUGCACAGGCUGGACUGCCGAGCAAGUGGACGAGGCAGCAGAAGGCUUGACCCAGUGUGUCAAAGAGUUGAACGAUAAUCCUGUUCCCGAGGACGAAGCUAUCGAGAUCCUCAUGCGGGAUCGCGGACAGGACUGGUAG